AUGAACCUGAACAUCUUCAAGAAGAAAACCUCACCCAAAGAAGCUCUGAGGCAAAGUAAGAGAGAAAUGUCUGUUGCAACUAGAGGAAUUGAAAGAGAGAUAGCUUCGCUUCAGAUGGAGGAAAAGAAGUUGGUGGCAGAGAUUAAAAGAGAAGCAAAAACUGGUAAUGAGGCAGCUACAAGAAUCCUGGCUCGUCAACUUGUUAGGUUACGCCAACAGAUAACCAAUUUGCAGGGAAGUCGUGCUCAGAUCAGGGGCGUAGCAACUCACACACAGGCAUUAUAUGCAAGCACUUCAAUCUCUACAGGGAUGAAGGGUGCAACUAAAGCAAUGGUAGCAAUGAAUAAGCAAAUGGCACCGGCAAAGCAGGCUAAAGUGAUUCAGGAAUUCCAAAAACAAUCAGCACAAAUGGACAUGACGAUUGAGAUGAUGUCAGAAUCUAUUGAUGAAACUUUAGACAAAGAUGAAGCUGAGGAAGAAUCAGAAGAGCUUACUAACCAGGUUCUUGAUGAAAUUGGAGUUGAUAUUGCAUCCCAGUUAUCUUCUGCUCCGAAAGGUCGGAUUGCUUCGAGGAAUACUGAAAAUGUUGCUGCAAGAUCAGAAUCCCAAGAUGUUGAAGAACUUGAAAAGAGAUUGGCUUCUCUCCGAAGAAUAUAA